ACUGCUGUUUAACGUGCUUUGUACGUGUGUGUGCUUCGCUGUUGCUUUUUCGCAGGCCUUUGUUUUUCGCCGUCUCAGUUCGGCCGUUGCGUCAUCAUGCCCACCACUAAGCACUGGACGACUGAGCCAGACGGGGAGCUGAUGGUCAAGACCACUCUCUCUGGCCCAGCCUCCGUCCCUCCUUCCACAGUCAACGAGGUUUUCAAGAGGGUCUCCAAGAAAUUCGCUUACAAACCUGCUCUCAGGGCAGAGAGAGACGGUGAGUGGAAGACGUGGACAUUCCAACAGUACUAUGCCGAUGUCGCGGCUGCGGCAAAGUCUCUGAUCCGACUGGGACUGGAGCGGUUCCACGGAGUCUGUAUUCUCGGCUUCAACGCCCCCGAGUGGUUCAUUGCCUAUCUGAGCGGCAUUAUGGCUGGAGGUAUUGCCUGUGGGAUAUACACCACCAAUAACCCCGAGGCGUGUCAUUUCAUUGCCGACAACUGCUCGGCCAACGUUGUGUUCUGUGAAAACAAGCUCCAACUGACAAAGAUCCUUCAGGUGCGUGACCGUCUCCCCCAUCUGAAGGCCAUAGUCCAGUACUCCCCGGAGCCAGUCGACGCUCAGCAGCGAGACGAAGGAGUCAUGUCGUGGGCCGAGUUCAUGGAGAUUGGUCACGACGUGCCUGACUACGAGGUUCAGUGGAGGAUAGAGCAGCAGAAGCCCGGCCACUGUGCCUCUCUCAUCUAUACCUCUGGGACCACCGGACAACCCAAGGGAGUGAUGAUUAGUCAUGACAACGUAACGUGGACGGCCUCGGUCUGCGGCCGGCUCUACCAGCUCUCUGAGGAGGAUCACAUGAUCAGCUACCUACCUCUCAGCCACAUUGCUGCACAGAUGAUGGACAUCAAUGCCCCACUGCACUGUGGGCUGACCAUUCAUUUUGCCAGACCAGAUGCCCUCAAAGGGACACUGCUGGAGACACUGAAGGCAGUCCGACCCACAGUGCUGGUGGGGGUUCCCCGCGUGUGGGAAAAGUUCAAAGAGAAGGUCGAGGUCCAGCUGUCGCAGGUGACGGGACUCAAGGAGGUCAUCAUGAGUAAGGCGAGGAGUGUCGGCCGUCAGACCAGCAUCAACAAACAGAGUGGGAGACCCGCUGCCUGGGGUUACUGGCUAGCCAACACAUUUGUGUUCAAGAACCUGAGGGAGAAGAUGGGACUGGAGAGAUGCCGUGUCUGUGGAUCUGCAGCAGCUCCCAUCUCGCGAUCUGUUCUGGAGUUUUUCCUCGAUUUCGACAUCCCCAUCUACGAACUGUACGGGAUGUCCGAGUCGUCCGGUCCCCAGACCCUCUCUCUGAUUGGCCAUCACAAGACGGGGUCCACUGGGAAGGUGAUGGCAGGAGCUGAGCUGAAGAUCGACAACCCAGGUCCCAAUGGAGAUGGAGAGGUGCUGUUCCGUGGCAGACAUGUCUUCAUGGGCUACCUCAAGGAGGAGAGGAAGACGCAAGAGGCCAUUGACGAGGACGGCUGGCUCCACUCUGGGGACAUUGGUCGUAUUGACCCUGAAGGCUAUCUGUACAUCACAGGUCGUAUCAAGGAGAUCCUGAUCACCAGAGGAGGAGAAAACAUUGCCCCUGUCCCCAUCGAGGAGCAGGUGCUCGACGCCUGCAAACUCCUCAGCUACUGCAUCGUCAUCGGCGACAGCCAGCGCUACAUCACCGCUCUGGUGUCCCUCAGAUGUGAUCUGUCCCCAGAGGCCGAGCCACUGGAUCAACUGGAUGCCUUGGCCCUCUCUGUCCUCCAAGAAAUCGGCUCUACGGCUACAACUGUGAAGGAGGCAAGAGAGGACCAGAAGGUGAUCCAGUACAUUGACAGCUGCAUCAAGAAGGCCAACGAGGCCAGUGUAUCCAAGGCUGCCAAGAUACAGAAGUUCCGAGUGAUUCCAGUGGACCUGAGUAUUGGAGGAGCGGAGCUGACUCCAACCAUGAAACUGAAACGUAAAGUCAUCCAGGAGAAGUACUCUGACCUCACUGCCGAGAUGUACGGAGAAGGAUAAACAGACAAUAUGGAACAAACUUAUGUCUAUAGAGAGAUUAUGUGUUGUAACCCUAUUUUUGUGUGAACUUCAUAUUCUUGUCAAUUAUUAUGAUAGAUGAAUGUGGAGCAGGCAUUAUAGUAUAUAGCCUCAAA